GAUCUAUCCUUUUAUUUCAUCAAAAAAAUAUAUACUUAUUGCAUUUUUAUUGAUAGUCUAAAAAUAAGUAAGUUCAUUUUAAAACAAAAUGAAAUAAUAUUUAAAAUGUUUCAACAAAUUCCACUGAGGUAAUCUAAUAAAUAAUCAAACAGCUCAAAAUUUUAAUGUACUGCAAUAAUUACUUAAAUAUUACUAUGUAAAUAAAGUCAAAUAAUAUAUAAAACGCAUUUUAGAAAGAUAUUUUCAAUUAAAGUAAAGCAUAUUAUUUUUUUAUCACAAUUUUAUCAAAAUUUUUAGUUAAGAUAUUAUUUUAUGUUUGACGGAAUUCUCAAAGAAUACGAAAAGUCUAAAAAGACUGUUGAAAAGGAAAAUGAACUUUUAAAGAAGGAAAUAAAAUUAUUGUCUGAAAACAUAACUAAAAAAGUUCUAAUUGGAGUGAAUAGCGAUGUUUAAGUUCUACACAGCAAUCAAAAAAUUAUAGAAAAAGAAACUAAAGAGUUAAAGUCAGAAGUUAGUAAAUUUUAUAAGGAAGUUUAAUCAUGGACUGCAUUAUAUGAUGAUUUGAAUGGAGCAUUGAAAGAAUUAGGAGAUGUCGUUAACUGGGCAGGUAUUAUCGAAAAAGAAUUCAAAAUUAUUGUAGAAAAAAUGGAAGAAUAAAAAAUAAAUAAAAUAUAAAAGCAGUAAUAAUAAUAAUAAUAAUAAUAAAAAGCAAAUUAAGAUAGUUAACCUAAAAAUGAAAACCAAACUUAAGAGCAAUAGCAAAUUCCUUAGCAAUAAUAAUAAAUCCCUCAAACAGAGCAAAAGAAAUAAGAAUGA